GAAUCGUGGUCCUCUUCCUCUACAAAAAUUGUUGACAUCCGUUGAUGAGUAUGGCUUGGAUUCUUUCUCCAUAUCAACAAAACCGUUAUUUGGACUUUCUUAUUCUCUCGUCACCUCACUCUGUCCCAACACCCUCUCUCCUCUCUCUCUCCAACAUAACUUCUCCCAAGUCCUAACACAGAACGAAUAUACUCACAUAAAUGCGCGCCUUUGCCGAUCUCUCGCCCAAUUUUGGCCAACCGUUGAAGCCCGCGAGUGCCUUCUAUCUUUCUCUUUCUCUCAGCUUUGUCCAUCUUUCCUUCUCUUUCUCUUUCCUUUGCAUAUUAGCAGGUCUCCCGGGAAGGGAAUGAAAAGAACAAAGAACCAACUUCUUCAUGCUGCCUCAGCCAAAAGGAGAUGAAAUCAAGUAGUUUUCAAAGAGCCCCAUCCCCUCGAAUCUGCACAGCAACAACAAGCCCAGGUGGAGGAGUUGGGGUGCGGCAGAAACCCUUUCCUUAGUUCUAGUGCUUCUCGGGAUUAUGCAGUUUUGAACAAUCCUUGAUGGAGCCAUCUUGCUAUUUCUACAGAAGAAGGUAGGAAGACGAAACCCAGAUGCAGAGAUCCGAUCAAUAUCAGAAACGUGUCUCUACUUCCCUUUGAAGCGGAUUAUCCUUCCUGUUCUUCAUGGAGCGUCCACUGCUGGCCUCAGUCUUCAUUGUUUUGGAGAUUAUGAGCAUUUCCACCAUCCUGGUAGAGUCUCUGGGAGACAAUUCCAUGAUUUCCCAUUCUUCCUCAACACCGCCCCCUCCUACAAUUCGGCACCGGUCCCAACGUCAUCGAACACCAUCGCGACAUCAUCCGCCAUCGCCUCCACCUCCGUCUCCUCCAUCGCUUCUGCUUCGGCUUCCGUCUCCGUCUCCACCUCCACCUUCGCCUCCGCCUCCACCUUCGCCUCCGCCUCCACCUUCGCCUCCACCUUCGCCUCCGCCUCCGCCUCCGCCUCCACCUUCGCCUCCGCCUCCGCCUCCGUCUCCACCUCCACCUCCACCUCCGCCUCCGCCUCCGCCUUCCCCCUUGCCACCACCGCCGGGAAGCAACAGGGCGCAAUCACCCCACUCCACGCCUCCCUUUUCCCCGCCCACUCCUCGUCAGUCUCCCUCUCCUCCACCUAAAAUAUCAUCUCCGAAAGACUUUAGUUACACUUCAUCAGAUCCUAAAGAACAGCAAGAUGGUCUAUACGGUGAGAAGAAGCAGAGAACGAAGCCUCCAGAUCAAACUAUCAAUAUUGGAAAGAAGAUUGGUUUGCUUUUUGCGGGGGUUGCCGGGGUCUUGCAGGUUGCUGUUGUAGGAUUUAUAGUUUUCAAGAGGUGGCAGGUGUCAAAGAUUAAGGACAGACAUGACACUUGAUCUUGACUUAUUCCUGAUUUGGGAACAUCCAGUUUUGUCAUUAUUCUUUUGUUUAGUGGGACGGUGCUAGAUUUGAAUGCACUUGAAUUUGAUCAAUCAUUUGGACUCGGGUGUUUUUAUGGCUGAACGGAUCGUUGGCUUGACUGGAGCAGGAGUCUUGUCCUUCAUGUGAUUCUGUAAAUGGGUAAACUUGAUUUGUUUUUUCCUUUUUUUCCCCAUUUUUUUUUCUUUCCGUGCAUUCCAGUACACGGUUGUAGUUCGAAGCAGAGAGAACAGGAAAUUCUUUUUCUUCAAUUUUAA